CUUGUAUUAUGCAAGAUUCAAACAGCAAGGCGUGGUUGAUUUCAACGUCGCAAUUAUAUAUAUAGAAUAGCGGCUGUGAUCUGUCUCAAGCUGGUAGCAGGACGCGACACGGUCUUUGCCACUCACUAGCCACACCAAAUGAACGACUCCAAUCCACGACCACAACGCCCUACCAUUACACAUUACACAUUACACAGUACAUUCGACUCCAGAAACUCGGUGGAUAUCUGCUUGACGCAGCAUCGCGCCCGCCAAACCCCGCCAUGGCCGACGCUUCACAGCAGCCUUCCCAAUCCUAUCCGCUGCAUCUAGAAGCUAUCGUGAACCUCGUCAGGACCCUCUACGACCCUGGAACCGCUAAGAAGGUCGCCGAGACAGAAGCAACGCUCAAUGUCCUCCAACGGUCGCCCCAGGGUUGGGAGAUUGCCGAUGCACUGUUGAGCAGCCAUGACGAGAAUGUCCGUUUCUUUGGCGCCCUUACCUUUACCGUCAAAAUCAAUACCGACUCCGAAGCCCUCAGUGAAGAUGAUUCGCGCCAGCUGUUGCAAAAGCUUAUAUAUCAUCUCAUUACCCGCCCCUCCUUGUCCAUCUCCACCCGCAAACUGUGCUCGACACUGGCCCUGUACUUCUGCAAACCCGUCUCAGUGUGGGAAGAGUGUGUACCAAGCUUGGCCUUGUCCUUCUGCCGGAACGGCCCCAUAGUUGACACGGCUCUCGGCGAUAAUGCACCACUUUUCGACAUCGUCUCCGGACUACCUGAUGAGCAACUGCUUAUUCUGUUGGACUUUGCCAUGAACCUCGCCGACGAGGCAAAGAGGUUGUCUACUCUGUCUAAUCGGCCAGAUCGAAAACCGCAUGAACGCAUGAUAGCAAACGUGGAAAGCAUCGAAGCGCUUUUGCAGGUAUCAUUCCUCCGCGGGAUCAAAUACCUGUCCGGGCGUGAUGCUUCCAUUCAGAUAGGGGGCAAGAUUGCAAACGCUUCCUUGAAGUGUUUCACUGGAUGGAUAUUUUACGCCCAAUCCGAGUUCGCAGCGGUACCAGAGAAAUUGCAGCACCUGCGCUCAGUAACACAUCUGGCAUUACAGUGUUUAGAGUACAACGUCGACGACGCCAUGGAAUUAAUCGCUGAGAUAGUGGAAAACUAUCCCAAUUUCCUUGAGCCUAGCGACCAGGAGCUACUUUGGUCCGUGGUCACCAGCAAUUGGGGUAUGGAAAUCCUAGCAAAUGCCGAUGAAGACACGGUAGCGUUGGCGAGGAUCAUCGUCGCCUAUGGUCACAACUUGUUGGAAUCUAAGAAACUCUACAAAGAGCCUGAUAAUGCUCAUCAUCAGCAAGUCAUGACUGUCUUACACGAGCUCCUCAAAUACCCUGAAUCGGUCGGGGUCGAGGACGAGGUAGCGCCAGUGGCCCUGGACUUCUGGAGCAACUACGUUAGCACCAUUGCAGAAGUAGCAUUUGAGUACUCGGAAGGGCAAGAAAGGCCAGACUGGUUAUUGAAGGCCAUGAACAAUGUUUCCGUGCUUGUCUCAGAGCUAGUUCGGAAGAUCAUCUUCCCUCUUACCGCCGUAGACAAGACUUGGGAUGAGGAUGCAAAGAAAACAUUCAAAGUGUUUCGCGUCGAUGUGAGAGACAUUUUACAGGACGUGUUCGACAUCUUGCAAGGAGCUCUAUUGGACAACUUCCUGGCUUUCGCCAUUCAAGCCCUAGAGGCGAGGAACUGGCGGGAGGUCGAAGCAGGCCUCUUCUGUCUGGUCUCGAUUGCUGACCUAUUGACCAAGCAGGCGGAUACCAGCUUGCGGCACUUGUUCGAUCAGCCUCUUUUCACCUUGAUGUCCACCGACACCACGAUUCCUACGGUGACACGACGAGCUGCUGUCGAUACCGUAGCUGCGUUUGAUGGCUUCUUUCUUCGCCAUCCGGUAUACUUGCCGCAGGUCUUACCUUUUCUCCUCAGCGCAUUAGCACAGCCAUCCCUCGCCCACGGCGCUGCAAAAUCAUUCGCCUCGCUGUGCUCGGAAUGCAGCAAAUCGCUGACGGGAGAACUGGAGUCCUUCUUUCAGAUGUACCAGCAGUUUCUCUCUUAUCCCACAGCAAACGAAUUCACAAAAAGCCGAGUACUUGAAGGGAUCGCUGCAAUUGUUCAAGCUCAAGAGUCGGAUGAGAAGCGCUUGGCCGGCCUCCAGCGGUUAUUCCAGUACAUUACGCACGAUGCCAUGCAGGCUGUCAAUGUCACGAAAAAGGAUAACGACGCGGAACAAGGGCUGGUUCUCACAUUAACGACUUUACGAUGCCUUCACUCCGUCGGGAAGGCAACUCAAGCGUCCGACGAGGAGGUUAUUGAUCUCGAAACCGACAAAACCACUUCAGGGUUUUGGACACAGGGUCCUGGCAAGGAGAUUCAAAAUCAAAUCAUCAACUUUGUCAAUUACUUGACACAAAUGUUCCCUGCCGAAGGCGAAGUGGUUGAAGCGGCGUGCAAUGUGUUCAGAGUCGGUUUCAAGGAGAGCGUCCCUGGUCCGUACGUCCUACCGCCGUCGGCAACCAUCGACUUUGUCCUCAAGACAACGCUCGAGACGCCCCGGCUGCCGCAUGUGCUGGAGACUGCUUGCUGCUGGGUCUCCUCACACAAGCGCGAUAAGGGCGAAGAAUACGAAGAGCAAUGCCAGCGUCUCCUUCAUUACGUUCUUGGCAUCUUGCAAGUUCUACAGCAUCCGCGGAACGAUCCCGAGAUAUCGGUGGGGUGCAUCGAGCUCAUCCAGAAGUUCGUCAACACGAGCCCUCAGAUUUUUGCGGCCGAACCACCCAAAGUGUUAAAGGGAAUGUUCGACUUCGCAAUAGAAUGCAUAAUGUCGCCUGAAGUGCUGCCAAAACGCGCAGCAUCGCAGUUAUGGAAGGACGUCUUCGAUCUGUCCGCAAACACAAAGAGUCCGUACCAGAGCACCGGUCAGGAUAUUGUAGAUCACUUUGGAUCUUCGGUCGUCUCGGCAUUGGUGUACAACCUGUGCGGAGAGGUGGAUUUCACGAGCCUCGAGUAUAUCGUAGUUCCCCUCCGCAAAUGCAUCAACUCGAACCGACACGCUAGGGCGUACAUCACGCAAGCGCUUGCUGAACAGCCGCUUAUAUUGCGCGCUAAGGACGACCCUAACCUCGAAGGGACCAUGCGAAAGUUCAUUGAGGGUAUGAUGAGAAAUGCCAAGGCAGCCACAGCGUUCAAAGAAACAGUAAAGGCUUUCUGGGAUCACUGCAAAGUCUUGCAAAUGCAGUUCAAUCCACGCACAAUACACCCGGGACAUCGAUUCGCCCAUGGAAUAUCCUAGGGGGCGAGUGCCGGCCGCUGCUUAAUAUGGUGAUACCGGAAAGUGACUAGAUCAGGAUUCCGCAAAUUCCCCAAAGGCCGCAAGAGCAAAUGUGAUCCCGAAAGAGAGCUUCAGCGCAGGGUUGUUUUGGAUCGCGCCGCGAACAUUGGUCUGCUUCAGGCGCCGCUGAAGAUACGAGUAGGGUACGAUGUGAAUGCCACGCGACUCAAGCAACUGAGAUUGUUAGGUAAACGGUGAUGAGACGUGACAGCCUUAGAACGAUGGCGGGCAUGAACAGAGGGAAGGAAAGGGCAUAACCACACGGCAUGCUCGAAAUUACCGAGUUGGAGUAGAAAUAACUCAUACCUGGACGAAGAUAACAACAAGCCCAAUCAGUAAAGCCAGCGACUUGCUGAAUAGACUGACUCCC